UGAUUACCAAGUCUCAGAUCAAUCUUCGAAGUGCUAGGCGGGUAGAAAUGGAUAGCAAUAGACGUAAACAAAUUCUAAUUCGAAAAAUAUAACCGAUUAAAUGUGUUAUGUUUUAAUAAUGUUAAAGUUUUCGUUUUUUUUUCUUCCUAAAAUUAUGUGAAGUGGAUUCAUAGAAAGUAUUUAUUUUUUUUAAAGAUGAUAUUAUUUUAUUACGUUAUCUUCUUUAUAUUGAAAGAAAGCUUGAUUAUCAUUGGAAGGAGGUAAAAGAAGGAAACAAAUUCUUUGUAAAAGUGGAUAGGAUUCAUGUUGCAUAAGUAAUUAGGGCUGCCCUUCUAAGUUGGAUACACUGCCCAGUGUUCAAUAAGUGUAUGUAAUUAGAAUAGCCAUGGAAAUGUUGUCUACCAUCUUAAAAUUACUUUCUACGGCCACUGUAUAAUAUUGCAAAUAGGCUUUUUAAUUUAAAGGUUGGCUAUAAUAAUAUUACAUAAAAUUUUAAUAUAAUGCUUACAUGUUAUUCAUUCAUUCAUUUUAUUGUAUAACUUUGCUGAAUUGUUAAUAACUUCAUUACUUCUCUUAAUUAUUGCUAACAACUUAAAUUCAACUUUCAUGGUUUUUUAAUCUAAUGUUUAGUAGUAUUUGCUUUCAUCAAUAAAAAAAAACUAAACUAACUCAUAAAAACUAAAUCAAUAAAAAAAGCAUUAGUUUUGUAAAUUUUUUAUUACAGUUUAUGUAUAUCUUCAAUAAGGUUAUUAAUAAGUCUUCAAUAAGGUUAUUAAGCUGUACAAAAGUUGAUAAAGGAAUGCAGUUAGUAUGAGCUUAGAAGACAGAGAGUCACUUAACAUUCAUGUUGAUGGGAAACCUUAUUCUUGUCGUGUAUGUAAUAAAAGUUUUUCUAAAAAUAAUAAUCUAAUUAGGCACAGUCACACUCAUGCUGCUGAAAAACCAUAUUCUUGUAGUGUGUGUAAUAAAAGUUUUUCGGAUAAGAACUAUCUAACUAAGCACAGUAGCACUCAUACUGGUAUAAAACCUUAUUCCUGUAGUGUAUGUAAUAAAAGUUUUUCACGUAAGCAAUAUCUAACUUUACACUAUCGCACUCAUACUGGUGAAAAACGUUAUUCUUGUAAUGUAUGUAAUAAAAGUUUUUCAUAUAAGCAAUGUCUAACUAUGCACUAUCGCAUUCAUACAGGGGAGAAACCUUAUUCUUGUAGUGUAUGUAAUAAACGUUUUUCAAAAUUAGGACAUCUAACUCAACACAGUCGCAGUUAUACUGGUGUAAAACCUUAUUCUUGUAGUGUGUGUAAUAGAAGUUUUUCAGAUAAGAGCUAUCUGACUAAGCACAGUAGCACUCAUACUGGUGAUAAACCUUAUUCUUGUAGUAAAUGUAAUAAAAGUUUUUCACUUAAGCAAUAUCUAACUGUACACUAUCGCACUCAUACUGGUGAAAAACUUUAUUCUUGUGGUGUGUGUAAUAAAAAAUUUUCACAUAAGCAAUAUCUAGCUAUUCACUAUCGCAUUCAUACCGGGGAGAAACCUUAUUCCUGUAGUGUAUGUAAUAAAAGUUUUUCAAGAACAGGACAUUUAACUAGGCACAGUCGCAUUCAUACUGCUGAAAAACCGUAUUCUUGCAAUGUGUGUAAUAGAAGUUUUUCAGAAAAGCACUGCCUAACUAAGCACAGUCGCACUCAUGCUGGUGAAAAACUUAAUUCUUGUAAUGUAUGAAAUAAAGUUUUCAGACAAGCAAUAUCUAACUAUACACUAUCGUAUCGUUCAUCUAACUGAACACAAUCUUGUUCAUACGGAAAAGAAACAAUAUUUUUGUGUUGUAUGUCAUAUUAGUUUUUCAAGAUCAAAACAUCUGACUAGCUUUCAUGCUGGUGGAAACCUUUAUUCUUUUAGUAAAUGUAAUCAAAGUUUUUGCAAUAUUAAUAUAUAAUUAUAUGUGAUCACACUCAUACUGGUGAGAAACCUUAUUAUUGUGGAUUGUUUUAAAAAGUUUUUAUUUUUUCCACGAAGGUUUUUGUUAACUGUCAAUCAGGGUUGCAAAAAACCCACCUGCCCAAUAAAACCCGCCCGAAUUUUACUGGGUAAACCCACCCUAAAGUGGAUUUUUCUAAGAUUGAUUUCUUUUUUUGUCCUCUGUUAUAUUAAAGAGCUAUUCUAUUGAAAUAUUUAUGUAGUUUAGCCUAAAAAAAAUUAACAUAUGGUGAAGAAACUGUGUUGGAGACUGGAGAGUCACUUUGCUGGCUAGAUUUAACUGUAUGGUCAUUGAUUAGUCAGUGCCAUUGAUUCGCUUUCUAUGCAAAUAAAAAAUUUUCCUCAAAUAUUUUUUAUGAUUAAAAUCUAAAUAAAAAGAAAUUCUGUAUUAAAAUAAGUUUCAAAUGUGUGAUGUAUAUGAGUACAUAUAACAUUUUGCAUCAUGAUGUCAGAAGAAACUUUUUUCAUACUUUCACAUCAAUUUAUUUGUAUUAAUUAUCUAUAUGAAGUCAAUUUAUAAAAUUAAACUUAAUUAUUAAUAUUAAAAUAAGAUACUUAUACCUGCCCUCUCUUUCGAAAAAACCCCCAUAAAAACAUGAAAAGCCCAAUAAAACCCACCCAGGUUGGGUUUUUCUACAAAAACCCGGGUUUUUUGCAACCCUGCUGUCAAUAGUUUUGUUUUUACUGCCAAGUAACUUUACUCUUGUAAUGGAUGAAAUAAAAGUUUUUUACAUUA